AUGGCCGAUAUAGAGAAGACCAACUCAAAUUAUCGUCCACGAAUAGAUAUAGCCUCGCCCAUGAUUCUGUCCAAGCUCGGCCAUGAACUACCGAGAAGUAAACCAGAGUCUGAUAACAAGAAGAGCUGGGUUGUGAAGUUUGACGAGGGCGACCCGGACAACCCCAAGAACUUCAAAACGUCCUACAAGGUCUUCCUAACCUUCCAGAUGAGCAUGCUGGCUUUGAGUGGCUCUCUGGGCUCUUCAAUCGUUUCUCCAGGGCAAUCGAAGAUUGAGAGUCAACUUAAUGUUGGCGCAGAGGUUGCUACACUGACAUUGUCUUUGUUUGUUCUCGGUUGGGCAUUUGGUCCCAUGAUCUGGGCUUCUAUUAGCGAAACAUAUGGACGAAAAUGGGGAAUGCUCCCAGCCGUGUUCGCCUACGGCCUGUUUAGUAUUGGAAGUGCAACAAGCAAGAAUAUUGCUAGCGUUCUUGUUACUCGAUUCUUGGGUGGUAUCUUUGCAUCCGCUCCGAUUAGCAAUGUACCCGCGGCUCUGGGAGAUAUGUUUACUCCUCGUACCCGUGGCACCGCUAUGACAUUUGUUUCUCUCUGCAUCGUUGGUGGCCCAACUAUUGGGCCGAUAAUUGGGGCUGCCUUGACGGUCAAUUCGCACUUGAGAUGGCGCUGGACGGAAUAUCUUGACGCCAUAUUCGUCUUUAGUAUUUUUGCGCUGGCAUUGCUUGCAUUACCAGAAACAUAUGCUCCUGUUUUGUUAAAGCGGAAAGCAGAACGGUUGAGAAACCAAACCGGCGAACAGAGAUACUGGCACCCCCACGAGAAAGAAAGAAUAAACCUUAAUAACAUUUUGACAAAACAUCUGAGUCGCCCUAUACGUCUAGUAUAUUUCACUCUUGAAGCCUUCCCGAUAGUCUUCAAUGACCAGCGCGGCUACAGUCUUCUAGUGUCUACGCUGCCCUUUCUUGGAGUAUUCGUCGGAGUUUGCAGUGCGUUAGUUGUCAACCUUGGAAACCAGCCUCGAUACGCGCAAGCUGUGGAAAAGAACAACGGCAAGCCGGUUCCAGAAGCACGAUUGCCGCCGAUGAUAAUUGGUGGCGUGUUCCUCGUUGGAGGGCUCUUCUGGUUUGGGUGGACAGCAAAUCCCAAGUAUUCCUGGGCUCUUCCUGUUGUUGCUGGAGGUUUUAUUGGCGCCGGCUUCAAUAUCGUGUUCCAGCAAUGCCUCAAUUUCCUUGUCGACAUGUAUGGGGUCUUCGCUGCCAGUGCGGUUUCAGCCAAUACAAUGCUGCGCUCUCUAAUCGCGUGCGGCCUUCCUCUGGCUGCCAGACCGAUGUUUGAUAACCUGGGUGUUGGUCCGGGGUGCAGUCUGCUAGGUGGUAUUGCUGUCCUUGCGUUGCCAGUGCCACUUCUACUUCUAAAGUAUGCCCCGUCAUUGAGAAGAAGGUCUCGAUUUGUUUCGUGA